GCGUGCUGCGGAGGAACGGCUGUUGAGCUGCGCGGGGUUCAGGUCCCCGGCUGGUUGGUGACUCCCGAGUUCUGCUUCUCCCCACUGAGCUGCUGCCUGGUGAAGAAGAAGCCAUGGCGCUCCGGGUCACCAGGAACGCAAAAGUUAAUGUGGAAAAUAAGGCGAAGAUCAGCAUGGCAGGCGCAAAGCGCGUGCCUCUGGCCACGACUGCGGCCUCCAAGCCCGGGCUGAGGCCGAGAACAGCCCUCGGAGACAUUGGUAACAAAGUCAGCGAACAACCACAGGCCAAAUUGCCUCUGAAAAAGGAAGCAAAAACUUUGGUUCCUGGAAAAGUUAUUGCUAAAAAAUUACCUAAACCUCUGGAGAAGGCACCCGAGCCUGUGCCAGAACCUGAGCCAGAACCUGAGCCAGAACCUGAGCCCGUUAAAGAAGAAAAACUUUCGCCUGAGCCUAUUUUGGUUGAUACUCCCUCUCCAAGCCCAAUGGAAACAUCUGGAUGUGCCCCUGCAGAAGAAUAUCUGUGUCAGGCAUUCUCUGAUGUAAUUCUUGCAGUGAAUGAUGUGGAUGCCGAAGAUGGAGCUGAUCCAAACCUUUGUAGUGAAUAUGUGAAAGAUAUUUAUGCUUAUCUGAGACAACUUGAGGAAGAGCAAGCCAUCAGACCAAAAUACCUACUGGGUCGUGAAGUCACUGGAAACAUGAGAGCUAUCCUUAUUGACUGGCUAGUACAGGUUCAGAUGAAGUUCAGGUUACUUCAGGAGACCAUGUACAUGACUGUUUCCAUUAUUGAUCGGUUCAUGCAGAAUAAUUGUGUGCCCAAGAAGAUGCUGCAGCUGGUUGGUGUCACUGCCAUGUUUAUUGCAAGCAAAUAUGAAGAAAUGUACCCUCCAGAAAUUGGUGACUUUGCCUUUGUGACUGACAACACUUAUACUAAGCACCAAAUCAGACAGAUGGAAAUGAAGAUUCUAAGAUCUUUAAAUUUUGGUCUGGGCCGCCCUCUACCCCUGCAUUUCCUUCGGAGAGCAUCUAAGAUCGGAGAGGUUGAUGUUGAGCAACAUACUUUGGCCAAAUACCUGAUGGAACUAACUAUGUUGGACUACGAUAUGGUGCACUUUCCUCCUUCUCAGAUUGCAGCAGGAGCUUUUUGCUUAGCACUGAAAAUUCUUGAUAACGGUGAAUGGACACCAACUCUACAGCAUUAUCUAUCAUACACUGAAGAAUCCCUUCUAAGUGUUAUGCAACACCUAGCUAAGAAUAUAGUCAUGGUGAAUCGUGGACUUACAAAGCACAUGACCAUCAAGAACAAGUAUGCCACAUCUAAGCACGCAAAGAUCAGCACGCUGGCACAGCUAAAUUCUGCACUAGUUCAAGAUUUAGCCAAGGCUGUGGCAAAGGUGUAACCUGUAAACAUGAGUUGGAGUACUAUAAUAACUGCAAAUAAAAUUGGCACCAUGUGCCAUCUGUACAUA